AUGGGGGAGGUGUUCUACAUCACAGCUCCGCGAGCAAAGCGUAUGCUUCGUUCGAGCGACGAACUUCAGAAUAUAUUCUUUGAUAACAAGGCCAGCGAACUAGUCACACUCCUCGUUGUCCCCACUAGGGUAAAGAAGCAAUCACAGAAGCAAUCACAGAAUCAAGCAGUUUCACCCUCCGCCGCCUCCACCGCCUCAGCCGCUACAACCAACGCCCAGAGUGGCCGCCUCGACUUAAGCCCAUCUCAAAAGGCCGUAGUCGUUUCUCAGAAACUCACGGAUGCCACAGCGGCCACCAGAAACCCGCUGGACACCUUCAGCACGCUCCCAUUAGACAUCCUCUCAAUGAUUUUCGACCAUCUCGACGACAUCGCGGAUCUCACGUGCGUGGCCCUUGCGACACCAUACCUAUGGGACGUCACCCAGAGAACCAUCCAUCAGCGGUACAAAGCAAAGCUGGGGAAGUGGGCAGGCGAAGCUAUUGUGUGUGUCGGCGAGAAAAUCCCAGCAGGGGACUACCCCCCCGACUUAUUUUCUCCGGAUGAAGUCGAGAGGUUGAACAAGGAGGCUGACGUCUAUUUUGGGGGUGGUUGUGGGAGGUUCUUGGCCAGGCCUCAGAAAUCGCCGCGCACGUUGGCUAACUUGGCCUACCCGCCUAACGGAACUUUCGAUAGGGAGGGCAUCACUGCAGAUGCAGAGGCCUCGAGAGUCUUUUACGCGUGUUUACGCCGCUGCUCGCGUUAUCCUUCGACAGAGCUUCGUGCCAGACUCCGGCGGUGGAUUUACACGGACCGUCCUGAUUUUGCGCCGCGGGAAGAGGACUGGAUUCUUCGGAACCUGACUAUGAAGGAGUUUGUUACGGCAGAGGGAAUCGCCCUGGAUACCGACUUCAUCAAUGGGCCAUUUAUUUCCGGGAUAGGGUUUGGAGACGCUGUUGUGGCGCGAACAUUGUGGACUGCGAAAGGCACGCCUGAUUUGCGAUACGUGCCCCAGAUCGGGAGGGGUAUCUGGGCGGGGCAUCGGUUUGACAUCACCACACGCUCAGGACAUGAUGAAGCCACCAAGGAUGAGGAAUGGAGGGAUGUGAGCGAGGAAGUUGCGAGUGAGAUUGCAGGUAUCUGGGGGAGUCAAUUUGGGCCGCAUUGGUUAGAUGUGGGCCACUUCUAUCAGCGAUUCUACGAGGAAAAUGAAAGCGAGCGCAUUUAUGCCGACAUUUGGGAUGAGCACUUGGAUCAGUGAGUUGGGUCUGAAGUCACAAAUAAUAUCAGCCUUCUUAUCACGUUCAUCAUUAGGUAAAUCGCGGGGAGGAUCAACUUCCGUGCCUUCUUGUCAAUGGAACGAGAUAUUUGCAGACAGAUGAGUUGCCCAUGGAUUGUACGAUUAUAAGACAGAGGAUAGUUGCGCCGGUCCGAGGGGGAUCACUUUCCGAAUGCAACCAAACAACAAGACGAGUCCUACACAGACAAAACAAAGAGAUAUGAUAUGACGGGAUAUCAAGAAAGGCGCUUCAGAGGCAGAAUCGAGCGGCUGAGCGAGCCCAACUCCAACAGCUGUCAGCCCUGGCGUAGCGCCACCACUUCCACGGACCACCAAUUUGUGCAGAACAGACCGCAAGGUUACGCCGUUUCAGUGCUGGAGCGUUAUAACGGCGUUAUUGAAUUGGCUGAGACAGGACCAGGGUGGUUUUUUUUCCCACGAUGUGACGACGAAGGGGUCCAGCACGUGAUAGCGGUUCGUGGGGGU